AUGGGUUCGCCUUCGCCCGUCAUCGCGCCCGAACAUAUUCUGCAGCUUUUAUCCAAACUCCAUCGAAUCUCAUUGGAGCAAGAAGCCGCUAUCUCGAACUUGGACAAAGGCAAGGUGUACUCUUCUAAAGUUCUAGAUGACCUAGAAGAUAAACACGGACCCAAGGGCUCGAGCAAAGCUUUCGACCAGCUCAUGUUAGAUAAAUUUAUCGCUCUUGACGAAGACAAGUGCCAAUUCAUGUACCAGCUCAUCAAUGCCAUGGGGGCCACCAACGUCAUUGAAGCAGGGACCAGCUUUGGAGUCAGCACGAUCUAUCUCGCCCUUGCUGUGGCACAAACCAAAGCCGUGACCGGGAAAUCUGGAACUGUCAUUGCUACCGAGAAAGAACCGCAAAAGGCCAAAAUUGCUCGAGAUUACUGGGCGCAGUGUGGCGAGCUUGUAGAACAGCAGAUUGAUCUUAGGGUCGGUGAUUUACUUGAGACACUCAAGUUUGGACUGCCUCAAGUUGAUUUUCUCCUUCUCGAUAUUUGGUCUUCGCUCGCGCUUCCGACUCUCAAGAUAGUUCAGCCAUACCUCCGACAUGGUGCAGUUGUUCUCGCCGAUAAUACUAUAUCAAGCGCCGAAGGCUAUGCAGACUUGCUAGCGUACAUGCGGAAUCCCGAGAAUGGGUUUAGAAAUAUGACUCUACCCUUUACCAAUGGAUUUGAAAUGAGUGUUUAUAUGCCAAGCACCAAAUAG